CCAGGCACUUCGCUCUUUACGGUUUUGUUCUUUUCCUUUUCGAAAUUUACAAGUUUACGAUUGAUAUCAUUAAGGAGUUCCGCAAGAGAUGUCGGACGCGGAAGGAGAUGAUGUCGCCCCAGCUGGUGCCUCCAUGUCAGUAAAUGAUGCAUUGCAAGAAGUGUUGAAAACAGCUUUGUGCCAUGAUGGAUUGGCACGUGGCCUUCAUGAAGCCUGUAAAGCUCUUGACAAGCGACAAGCUCAUCUCUGUGUUUUGGCUCAGAAUUGUGAUGAGGGAACAUAUGUGAAGCUUGUGGAAGCUUUGUGUGCUGAACAUCAAAUCAACUUGAUCAAAGUUGACGAUAGCAAAAAGCUUGGUGAAUGGGCAGGUUUAUGCAAAAUUGACAAAGAAGGGAAGGCGAGAAAAGUAGUUGGCUGUAGUUGUGUUGUUGUCAAGGAUUAUGGGAAAGAAACCCAUGCUCAUGACGUGCUGAUGGAAUACUUUAAGUCAAAACGUGGAUCCUAAUCAAAACUUCAUCUGUGUAAUGUUUUCAUGUGAUGAUGGCACA